AUGGCCAAGGUUCGCACCCAGGAUCUCCAGAACAAGUCCAAGGUGGACCUUCUCGACCAAGUGGCUGAGCUCCGCAAGGAACUCCUCAGUCUUCGUGUCCAGAAGGUUGCCGGUGGUGCCUCGAGCAAGAUCGCCCGCAUUAACACGGUCCGCAAGAACAUUGCCCGUGUGCUCACCGUGAUCAACCUUAAGCAGCGUGCUAACAUGCGUGAGUUUUACAAGAACAAGAAGUUCCAGCCCCUGGACCUUCGCCCCAAGAAGACUCGUGCCCUUCGCCGCAAAAUGACGAAGCACGAGCUCUCUCAGAAGACGGAGCGCCAGCACAAGAAGGACGUGCACUUCGGUGUCCGCCGCUACGUUCUCAAGGCAUAA